UGUCCUCCACCCCCAACACCAACCCACAGCAAUCUGAUACCGGAGACGAGCGGUCCAGACAAGCCUGCAAACGAGGCGUUCCCAGCCGCCCAGCUCAGAACGAGACGAGAGAUAUCCAUCUCCUCCCUCCGCCAUCUGUCAGCGCAGGAGGAAUAGUCGCGGUGUACCGCACACCAGAAAAGCUCACUAUAGGCGCCACUGAUUUAUGAAUUCUGUUUUUUUCUAUAAGGAAGGGCGAGAAAUGAGACGGGACGGAGAAGAAACUGGUUUGGAAUUAAGCUAGCGUCGGUUAGCUUCGGGAGCAGUCAGCUUGCAACCUAUCCGAGCUAAGUAGCUAACCUUUAAAUGCCAAAUUCCUAGCUGCAAGUGUCGAAAGAGUAGACAUUUUUACGAAGGGUAGAGCUGAGAAUGUUUUGCAGUUAGACGAAAGUAUUGGGCGCCCGUUUUUUCGCGAUUUUUACCCUCUUUACCUAAGUUUUGUAGUACCAGACAGUCGCCCCAGGCAGCUAGCAUGUUAGCUAGCAGAUAUGAACGUUCCUCGCUGGCUAGUUGUGGAUGGCAGAUCCGCCAAACAAGUUAGCCUCUCGGCUCGUCUGUCCGGUCUGUGCUGGGGUCGAAAACAGGACUAACUUAACUUCCAUAUACACUUAAUGUUCGCGAACAGAUAACUUCGACCGACCCCAACAUAACAGCGCUUCUUCUUUAUUUAUUUGUUUUUUUUUUUUUGUUUUUUUUUUUUUGCACCAUUUCUCGAUGUAUUAUUCCAUGUCUGCGAGAGCGGUUCAAGUUAUUGAGCUGACGUGAGGAAGAGGGGCUGAAAACAAAGUGGGAACUGUCGAAGAAGAAGGACCACAAGAAGUAAAAAAGAAAUCUCGGUGGAUCUCUUAACUACGAGACCAAAGUCAGUAAACAUUAUGGCUGUGGGCCGAAUCACGAUAAAAUCGCUCGCUAAAUUUGGGAUUUGCUUGGCGAUUCUCCUGACUUCAGUGGCUGCGGCGCAGGGUGAGGUGAGGGAAUGUGCCUUCACAGACCAGCAGCAGCAGUGGGAGGUGGAACGAGUGGCGGGCGGCGAAGGCCGGGUCUCCCCAGAGAACACCACUAUCCGAUGUGCCAAAGGCCGCCACUGUUUUGGCCUCUGGGAGAAAAGUCCUCCAGGCGAAGUGCGGCUGGUCAAACAAGGUUGCUGGACUCACCUCGGUGACAACCAGGGCUGCCGAGAUGACCGCUGCGUGGUUACCAACUUGCCUCCACAGAUCCAGAAUGGGACUUACCACUUCUGCUGCUGCGGCAGCGACAUGUGCAAUGUGAACUUCACAGAGGACUUCCCACUGCCGAGCCCCACCACUGCACAGCCCAUUCAUCCUCACACACUGCGCUACGAAGAGACAGUAAUUAUCACCCUGGCAACAGUCUCCGUGCUGGCUGUGGUUGCUGCAGCAGCCUUCUUUGGUUACCGUAUGAUGCACGGAGAUGGCAAACAAGGCCUUCACAAUCUCAACAUGAUGGAAGCUGCAGGCUCUGAGAGCUCUCUGGACCUGGACAAUCUCAAACUGCUGGAGCUGAUUGGGCGUGGCAGAUACGGAGCCGUGUACUGCGGAUCUCUGGAUGAGCGGCCCGUUGCUGUAAAGGUGUUCACUGCAGCCAACCGACAGAACUUCCUCAACGAAUGCUCGAUCUACCGGCUGCCACUGCUGGAGCAUGAUAACAUCGCACGGUUCGUGGCGGCCGAUGAGCGAACAGGCCCAGAGGGACGCACAGAGUACCUGCUGGUCAUGGACUACUACCCACAUGGCUCUCUGAGUCGCUACCUGAGUGUCCAGACCAACGAGUGGGUUGGCAGCUGCCGGCUGGCUCACUCUGUAACCCGUGGCCUGGCGUACCUGCACACUGAGCUCUUCAAAGGAGACUUGUACAAGCCAGCAGUUUCACACAGGGACCUGAACAGCCGGAACAUCCUCGUCAAGGCUGACGGGACAUGUGUCAUUAUUGACUUUGGCCUAUCCAUGAAGCUGACAGGGAACAGAGCUGCACGCCAUGGGGAGGAGGAAAAUGCUGCUAUAAGUGAGGUGGGAACUAUCCGUUACAUGGCUCCAGAGGUGCUCGAGGGCGCAGUGAACCUGAGGGACUGUGAGGCAGCGCUGAAGCAGGUGGAUAUGUAUGCACUAGGGCUCGUCUACUGGGAGACCUUCAUGAGAUGUACUGACCUUUUCCCUGGAGAGUCUGUGCCAGAGUACCAGAUGGCCUUUCAGGCGGAGGCAGGGAACCACCCAACGUUUGAGGACAUGCAAGUUCUGGUGUCCAGGGAGAAGCAGAGGCCUAAAUUCCCUGAGGCCUGGAAAGAGAACAGUCUGGCGGUUCGCUCUCUGAAAGAGACGAUGGAAGACUGUUGGGACCAGGACGCAGAGGCUCGCCUCACAGCUCAGUGUGCUGAGGAACGACUGGCAGAGCUGCUCCUCAUAUGGGACCGCUCCAAGUCUGUCAGCCCCACACUCAACCCCAUGUCCACAACACUACACAAUGAGAGAAAUCGAAUGACACCAAAGUCUGGCCCAUACACAGACCAUUCGUCCACCUACAUUGAAGAACAUGAGGGUGUAGCUAAGAACACACAGGUGGACACAACUAGCUCUGUGACUAGCAGAGUUGGGGUUGGGGCUGGAGAGAGGAACAGGAAUUCCAUCAACCAGGAGCGCCAGCAGCAAGCCAACGCCCGUCUGCCCAGCCCAGAAGGCAGCACAACCAGCAUGGGCCUGAGAGGCAGCCCUUCAGCCUCCACUACAACUACCACUAUCAUCUCUGAGUCAGAGGGACCCACAGGGGCCGCCACCGUGCCCGUGUGCCUACACUUGACCCAAGAAGACCUGGAAACCACAAAGCUGGAUCCUAAAGAAGUAGACAAGAACCUGAAGGAGAGCUCAGAUGAGAACCUAAUGGAGCACUCCCAGAAGCAGUUCUGCUCACCUGACCCGCUGAGCCCUGGCAGUUCCAGCCUGCUCUAUCCUCUUAUCAAGAUGGCGAGUGAGGCCUCCGGCACAUCAGACACCACUGCCACAAUGCCCACCACCAUCUUUCCCCUGCCCAAGCAGCAAAACUUGCCCAAGAGGCCAUCCAGUCUGCCCCUGCGUAACAAGCCUGCCAAGAAGGAAUCCUCCUCCUCUUCACUCAGGUUUAAAUUUGGGCGCUCAGGGAAGUCCAACCUGCGGCAGGUGGAGGGGACAAAGAUAAACAUUACUGCAGUUACAGGCUCAAAUUCAGCCGUAGAGGCUCACCGGGGCACAGGCACAAACAACUUACCUGUUCUACGGGAUACACACGCCAAUGGUGGCAUUAACGGCACUGUUAACGGUCAUAUCAGUGCUGGGAUCUCAUCCCUGGUGACAGGUGGAGCAACGGGUUUCGGAGGCUCCACCAUAACUCACAAUGGGUCUGGAGCCCUGAGGUCAGACGACAGCCGGCUGUCCCUCGGUGUCAUCACAGCCAGCCCCGAUGAACACGAACCACUUUUGAGCCGAGAACGAGAGCAGCCCGAUCAAAGAGACACGUCCACGAACAUGACCGCUCUGCGCUCAGCCCGUCCCAACACCAACAACAACAACAGCAACACAGGCCAUGGCCAAGGGGACGGCGACAGCGGUGGGGAGAGCGAUGGAGGCGAGGAGGAGGGGAGCAGUGAGGGCGCAAGCAGGGAAGCUACAGUGCCCCCAGGAGAAAGCUCACUGUCAGGGACUGUUGCAGCAGACCCCCAGGGGGAAGCUUCAGUCAGCAUGAGAGGAGAGGCCCUGCUCCGGCAGCCCAGAGCCCGCAGGCCCGAGAGACCCAACUCCCUGGAUCUGUCCUUCACAACGCAGGACUUGGCCUCACUAGGGGAGGGUUUCAUCCAGCCAGAUGGAGCCUUGGGGACCGGAGAAAAGAUCAAGAAGCGCGUCAAAACCCCUUAUUCUCUGAAGAAGUGGCGACCCACCACGUGGGUCAUCUCCACAGACACCCGGGGGCCAGAGGUUAACAACAACGGUUCCACCCGAGGUCAAAGUCACAGUCAGAACCGGCCCAAGUCCAGUUCAGCCAUCUACCUGCGAGGGGGCAGCUUGGCCAGCGAACCCAGCGACACGCAUGUGUGAACUUGGACCUUCUGACAAGACUGGCAACAAUAACCAGAGAGCGCUUGGUUACUUUGUGUUGAGCUCUCUGCUCUGAAUCAGCACGAGGAAGCUAUGGAGUAUGUCAUGAACCAACAAUCGAGUCUGAUCAUGUACAGUAAUUAGGUCUGUCUCGCUCCUGUGUGUCUUUCUGAUGGCAUUGCUUUAAAUGGAAUCCAGCUAUGCAGCAUUCUCAUUCGCUUCUUGUUUCUGCAUUGUUUUUUUUUUUAAAUCUCCCCUUGUUGGUUUGAAGUUUCAUAGUGAUACUUUGAAUAGAAUUCUUUUUUUUUUUUUCUUUGUGCACUUUGAACCAAUUUGAAAUCAGUGUUUCCUAACCCUGUCUGUUGCGACCAAGACGAAGUGUGGUCUCUAAACUUAAACGGGCGAUGAAAAACAAUCAACACUCGGAGUGCUCUGUUUCUCAUACUUUCCUCUGUCAAGUAAAGUGAGAGUGGGCUCUGUAAAAUAAUUAACGGUCUUAAAAGACAAAACCAACUUUUUAAAAAUGUUUCUUUGUAUGCAAUACCAAUCGUCUCAUUCACUUUGUAUCUUCUUUUUUUUUAUCAUACUUUUUAAGUGUGCAAUAGGAUGUAGCUUUUAGAUGCUUUCAGUGUUUUUAUUGCUUCCAUUAUUUUUUUUUAUCCUGUCAUUAUUUUUGAUAUGUUAAUGUUAAUUGUUUGAUAUGUUAAUCUCUGUUGCACUUAUGAAUAGUCACAGUCGUUUUGUAAACAAUCCUACACACACACACACUGUUGUAACCCCCCCCCCCCCCCCCCUCCCCAAACUGACUCAAGAGGAGAAACUAGCUGACAAUCCUCCUCUGUGGACUAUCUUUACGGGGAUGCUAACACUAAAGAAUCAAUCCCAGCUGAUUAUAAAAAUGAAUUAUCGUGGAACUUCUCUGCUUGCACAAUUACACCAGUAACGAAUCUCAUUCUGGGGUCUUACAAUCACCGGAGUCCAACCUACGGAGGGAUCUGUUACAGUGGCUGACUCAAUCACUGUACCACUAUUAUCUGACCUCAUUGUGUACUCUGCAUUCAGCUGUCUGACUGAAAGACAUGAAAUAUUAGAAAGCCCAGAUUCUGCUGUUGGAACACAAAUCAGAAACUAAACUUAAAAAAAAAACAAAAAAAACUGAAGCACGCUGGAUAUUAUUUUUGCUUCUUGUUGUCUCAUCCCCUGAUGUUGGAGUGAGUGAGUCUGUGUGCGUUGCGUGAAUGUGCAUGUGUUGUUUACUUGCGCUGUACAGGCGAGCUAAAAUGUCAACGUACUCGUUCUGUAUUUUCAGCGCUGCUUCAGGGCAUAUGAAAAGAUCUCAUUUAUGUUUUUGUAAUCUGUAGUUUGUAUGAAAAAAAAAAAAGAACACCUAUAUGUAUCGCAUUAAUAUUUGCAUCAUUUUUAUGGUAAUCAGUUUUGCAUUCAAUGGACAUGGCCUUUGAUUCCAUUGCUAUGCGUCUGCUUGGUACACUUUCUUGGUACAGUACAAGUCAGUAUGGAAGAAAAAACUCAAUAAAUGUAUGAAAUAA